UCACAAUCUCACACAGAGCCCAUCUCUUCUAUGCUUCUCUGAUUAACACUUUCGAAAUUGCACACACACACACACAACACACACCCACACACGCACGCACCAAUGGCGGACGCAGCCUUCAACUCCGACGCCGUCAACAUGUCGAGCAAGAAAAGAUCGGGGUCAUCUGAUGAUCAGUGGGAGCAAUUUUCCGCUGCCAAGAAGCACCAAGUGAUGAACAAGACCCCGCCGCCGCACGCCGAGGACCCGGCGGCGGCUCUGGCCAAUGCCCGUCACGAGUUCGGCGAGCACGGCGGGGUGAACAUGUCCAUCGAGGCGUCAGCCACCUUCACUGUUAUGGAACCUGAAACCAUGCGGCGGAUGUUCACGGGAGAACUCGGGCCUGACCGUGAUUUUUUCAUCUACAGCCGCCACUUCAACCCCACCGUGCUCAACCUCGGCCGCCUCAUGGCAGCCUUGGAGGGCACCGAGGCCGCCUAUUGCACCGCUUCAGGGAUGGCCGCCAUCUCCUCCGUGCUUCUCCAGCUCUGCAGCUCCGGCGGACACGUGGUAGCGUCCCGCACACUCUACGGCGGGACCCACGCACUCCUGACCCACUUCCUGCCACGUGCGUGCAACAUAACGACGACGUUUGUGGAUAUCAGGGAUCACGAGAUGGUCAGGCGGGAAAUCGUGGAAGGGAGGACGAAGGUGCUGUACUUCGAGUCUGUGUCAAAUCCGACGCUGACGGUGGCGAACGUGCCGGAGCUCUGCAGGAUAGCGCACGAGAAGGGGGUGACGGUGGUGGUUGACAAUACGUUUGCUCCGAUGGUCUUGUCACCGGCAAGACUGGGGGCCGACGUGGUGGUGCACAGUAUCUCUAAGUACAUCAGCGGAGGCGCUGAUAUCAUCGCAGGUGCAGUAUGUGGUCCAGCCAGCUUGGUGAACUCAAUGAUGGAUCUCCACCAAGGUGCUCUAAUGCUCUUGGGCCCAACCAUGAACCCUAAGGUGGCGUUCGAGCUCUCUGAGAGGCUCCCUCACUUGGCCCUGAGGAUGAAGGAGCAUUGCAGACGGGCCUUGGUCUACGCCACCAGGAUGAAAAAACUCGGGCUCAAGGUUGUCUACCCGGGCCUUGAAGAUCAUCCCGAUCAUGCCCUACUUGAGUCCAUGGCCAAUAAAGACUAUGGUUAUGGUGGGAUUUUGUGCGUGGACAUGGAGACAGAGGAGAAGGCCAAUCGGUUGAUGAAUCAUCUGCAGAACUCAACUCAAUUUGGGCUGAUGGCCGUCAGCUUGGGGUAUUAUGAGACGUUGAUGUCCUGCUCAGGGAGCAGCACUAGUAGUGAAAUGAAUGCAGAAGAGAAGGAAUUGGCGGGUAUAUCGCCCGGGCUUGUUAGGAUGUCGAUCGGAUACAACGGCUCCCUAGAGCAAAAAUGGAGCCAAUUCGAGAAGGCGUUAUCCCGGAUGCAGGACUCAAGUUUGCCUAAGAAGAUAUAGGACAUCCAAAUUAUUUGUGCAUGUGUAUAUAUGUGAUGGUUUGAGUAUUAUGAGCAUAGAGUGUUUUGAUAUUUGAUCUAUAGACCUAUACCGGUACGUGUAUGGAGAUGCAUUCGCCGGUGUUUUGUGCACUAGGCAUAUAGCAUCUUAAAGACCAUGGUUUUUCUAAUGUAAACUUUGGGCUUCACAUGUAAGCUAAUUACUUGUCCGUUAAUGCUUGCUAGUUGCUUCUUAUGAACCUAAUGAAUGAACUAUUUACUAUACA